AUGUGGUUGAACCCUGAGAUCAAGAGAUCAAAGAAAUGUAAUGAGUGCCAAGGACUUCCGCUAGACUUUGAGUCUGGGCCUGUUCCUGACUUGUUGACCUGUUUCCCGGGACUCCUGAACGUGGAGGUCUCAGAAUUGUCAUCUUGGCAUGUGUGGCUUCCCAUCCAGGCCGUCUUCUUUGUGUUGCCAGGACCCUUCCACCUGGGUGCUUUCCACGCGGAUCAAAAACAAUGCGAGCAAGCUAUCUCACGCUUGGAAACCCAAGUCAAGACACCCUCCACCCUCACAGCCCAGGCCAGACCUUCUCCAAGUAAGGCUCAGGUGCCGCAGUGCCGUGCUACUUUACUGCUUAGACUGUGGUCACGAGUCCGUAGAGUUAGGCACGCCUUUGACUCCCCACAUGGCGUCUCUUACAUCAGCAACAAUAAUCAAGCCCCCAGUACCUACCCCCAUUGCCUCAAUGUGCAAAGCGUCUAUGUAUUGCGUUUCGACUACUAG